AUGGUACGCAUCCACGGGAAAGCAAGUGCACCCAGCAUGAAGCGAAAAAGGGAAGAAGCCGAGAAUGUGACUGACUUCAGGAAAGAUAAUGAACCGAAGGAUGAGACUGAUAAGGAGAGCGAGAUUGACCUCGAGGAUAGCAUUGGCCUCAAGGAUGGGAUUUCCCUAAAAGACAGCAUUGGCCUCACGGACAGCAUUGGCCACAAGGGCAACGUUGGCCUCCAGGACAGGAUGGGCCUCCAGGAAAGCAUUGGCCUCCAGGAGAGCAUUGGCCUCAAGGACGGGAUUUCCCUGAAGGAAAGAAUUGACCUCCAGGGCAAAAUUGACCUCGAGGAAAACUUUGGCAUUGAGGAAUAUAUUGCCAUCGGGGAAAGUAUUGACAUCGAGGAAAACAUUGACCUCAAGGACAAUAUUGACCUCAUAGGCGAGAUCACUUCCAGCUACAGAACGGAAUGCGAGAAACCGGAUCGUGUGACGUCAGCUGGAUCGGACAAGGACUUGAGCCUCCCCGAGUUCAAGCCAUUGACGGAGCUGAAUGUGGAGGAACUGAGAAAAAGACUUGCCCUUGGACUCGAUCCAAACGUGUUGCUCGAGAGCGGUGCAGUCGUGGAUGCAACCGACUCCAAGGGGAACACGGCCCUUCAUGCUGCUGCUCUUUUCGGUAUAGAAGCAAGCAUGAUAUUGCUCAUACGGGCUGGCGCCGACGUCAACGCAAUGAACAGGUACAAGGAGAGGGCGUUGCACGGAGCAGCUGCUUUGGGCUGGCCCAAACCGGUCCAGAUUCUCUUGGAUGCCGGGGCGUGCAUCCACGCGAUGAAUAACAGGAGGGAGACGGCUUUGCACGUGGCUGUCAGCAGCGGCCACCAAUGCAUUUUGACCGUCAAGGAGUUGAUACGUCGGGGGAUCGGAGUGGACGAGCGGGACAUCCGAGGCCAGACGGCGCUGCACCUGGCCUGCCGCUCGGGCGAAGGCGGGUCGGAGGUCGUCCUCCACCUCCUCCAGCACGGAGCGGACCCCAACGCGGAGGACGCCAACUACUACACGCCUGCGAUGCACGCGGCUCGGUCCAAGAUGGAGGAGUCCGUCCGGCACCUGACGCGAUUCGGGGCGAGGCUGACGCAUCUCGACAGCACGCUCGCACUCGCCGCGAGAUUUCCCGGUCUCACGGCGAGGCUGCUGGAUCGGACCAUGAGGGAGACUAAACCCAGUGGAGGGGAAAAAGUGAUCGAAUUCGAUCUUUUCCAGUUCCGAGGGAUCGGGAAGAGUGUGAAAAGCUUUCAAGAGAUGGAGGUGUUCCGAGAAUUUAUGAAAGUGGGGGCUUCAGAUUUACUUGUUCAUCCAAUGAUGGCACAGAAGUGGGAGUAUUUCAAAGACCUGGAGAACGUAAUAGAGGUCGUGUUGCUCGUUCUGGACAUGUUGAUGGUGUUCAGUAAAUUCGACAUCCGUUACUUUGAUCGAGAUUUGGACGACCACAUCAGCGCGGUCGUCGUGUUUCUCGUCUGGGUGGAGGUGACCAUCCUCGUCGGGAAGCUUCCCGGGCAGGGUCUGUACAUCACCAUGCUGAUCAACGUCUCGAGGUCCUUCUUGAGGGUCGUGCCGACUUUCAUCUUCCUCUUGGCCGGGUUCGGACUCAGCUUCCACAUUUUAUUCCCUGGGAAGUUCGUCGACGUCCCGAGCUCCAUCUACCGGGCUGCCGUGAUGAUGUCGGGGGAGCUGGAGUUCUACGCCACCUUUUACGAGUCCAACCGAGUGCUUCGGUGGUCGGGGCACAUCAUUUACCUUCUCUUCGUGGCCCUCAUGGCCAUCAUCGUCAUGAAUCUCCUCACUUCCCUUGCGGUCGCUGACGUCCAGGAGUUGACCAAGAGGGCCGAAAUCACCCGCCUGCAGAAACAGGUACGCCUGCUCUAUCACCUGGAAAACGUGAUGAAAAAUAAGUACUUCCUUCGGAGACGUCGGGAGCCGGACCUCAUCGAGACAGGACGACUCCAGGAAAAGAAGCGAGAACUUCCAAAUCAUAUCUUGGAAAAUAUUUUGAGAGUUAUCUCUGAAGUGUCAGCAGAAGAUAAGAAAGUAAAAGAGGAAGUGAAACGCCUUGAAAAUGACAAAGAAGGCAGUUCACCAGAGGGAAUUAUGAAUGCGGAGGAAUCUAUAAUUUCGAUCCAGAAACAGAUUCAGCAAGUUUCGAGCCAGAUUCAACGGAUUCAGGAGGAACAGAUUCCAGAGCUUUUGAAGCUGCUUCGCGACAGAGAGAAAUCAUCAUGA